AUGCGCUCAAGAUCGGUCCUUGGACGCGUGCCGGGGGUCUAUUCCAACUUGUUUUUCAGUGUGGGUCUGGCCGUGGCGACGAGGAGCUUCCAUGAGGCCCAGGCGGAUGGACAAUGCCAGGAAAGUUGCCGUUGUCUCCACAGGCCUCCUUCCGAUGUUGGAGGCCUUUUCGCUGGCUUCAACUUUAGUUUCGCGUCGGCCUCGGCGUGCUGCGCGGGACUCUGUUUCAAUUAUUGCGUUUCGCUGGAGGGAGAGCGCAAAACGGUUAUGUUCAAGUGUCUUACUGCUUCGUUUUCCUCCUUAUUAGCACCCGCCCACAUGAAUCCACAUGACUUGGAGCCGGCUGGGCGGUCGCAGUUCGCGGAGGCCAGGACCGCCCCCGCGCCCGCCGCCGUUUUCUCGAAUUUCCUGGUGUCGGGGGAGGCGGGGAGAGAAAUUGCCUCCGAUCGUGUGCUCGCGUGCGUUUAUUUCCCAGUGGCCCGCACCGACGAGCGGGAGGAUAGGUUUGCCAUGUCCAGAAAAAUAUUCACGACGCUCCUUGUGAGUGCGACUAGCGCGUGUAGGACUAGUUUCAACAUGUCCAGAAUAAUAUUCAAGACGCUCCUGGUGAGUGCGAGCUAUCGCCUUUAG